CCCAGACAGCCCGCAGCCCCAGCGAGAAACAGCAGGAACGGCAGCAGCUCGGCAGCCGACCCGGAAGCUCUUCCACCGCCAACCGCGAGGCUGCGAGGGGCGUGAACCCGGAAGCGAUUUCCUCGCCCCGGUAGCAUCAGGAUGGAAAGCUAAGGCCUUUGCAGAUCUGGAAUCCCCCUAGUUUGGGGAGGGGGUGAGGUGUGUGUGGCGCUGAGCUGAGAGGAGAUGGAAGGCCAAUAAAGAGACUGUGGACAAGAGGCUCUCCGAGUCCAGAGAUCCGAGCUCUUGAGGCGCGAGGUGCGGAGCGCGGCCAAACACGUCGGGCAGCUUCUGGCGGCGACCGAGUGUUUUCCUGUCACAGGAAGUUGGGCCUGGCCGCUGGGAAAGUGAAGGGAAGGAGAAAUGAGAAAGCGGUGACGGUCCCCCGCCCCCCAGGUGACUGUCCCACCCACUGAAUUGAAUGUAGCGGCCCGGGAGGUCCUCGGCCCCCCGCACGGGUGAGACGAGGAGGAGCACGAUUCAGACGCCAGCGAGAGAAACGGAAAGGGAUUUCUUUGUUUUAUAAAGCAAUGGGAAAUCCAGAAAACAUAGAAGAUGCGUACGUUGCUGUUAUUCGGCCAAAGAAUGCUGCCAGUCUCAAUUCUCGGGAAUACAGAGCUAAGUCAUAUGAAAUUUUGUUGCAUGAAGUUCCCAUUGAAGGACAGAAAAAAAAGAGAAAGAAGGUUUUGUUGGAAACUAAACUUCAAGGCAACAGUGAAAUAACACAAGGCAUAUUGGAUUAUGUAGUAGAAACCACCAAACCAAUUUCUCCUGCAAACCAGGGUAUUAGAGGAAAACGAGUGGUACUAAUGAAGAAAUUUCCUCUGGAUGGGGAGAAGAUGGGCAGAGAAGCGGCAUUAUUUAUUGUUCCAUCAGUUGUCAAAGAUAAUACUAAAUAUACGUAUACUCCAGGAUGCCCAAUUUUUUACUGCUUACAAGAUAUUAUGCGAGUCUGUAGUGAAUCCAGCACUCACUUUGCUGCACUUACAGCAAGAAUGUUAAUAGCCUUGGAUAAGUGGUUAGAUGAACGUCAUGCACAAUCUCACUUUAUUCCGGCUUUAUUCCGACCUUCUCCUCUUGAGCGGAUAAAAACUAAUGUUAUAAACCCUGCAUAUGCUACUGAAUCAGGUCAGACAGAAAACUCACUACAUAUGGGCUAUAGUGCACUAGAAAUAAAGAGUAAAAUGUUAGCCCUAGAGAAAGCAGAUACCUGUAUUUACAACCCUUUGUUUGGAUCAGAUCUUCAAUAUACAAACCGGGUAGAUAAAGUGGUAAUAAAUCCAUACUUUGGUCUAGGAGCUCCAGACUAUUCAAAAAUCCAAAUUCCCAAACAGGAAAAAUGGCAGAGAAGCAUGAGCAGUGUCACAGAAGACAAGGAACGACAGUGGGUAGAUGAUUUUCCUCUCCAUCGAAGUGCCUGUGAAGGAGAUUCGGAAUUAUUAAGCCGACUUCUCAAUGAAAGAUUUUCAGUCAACCAAUUAGAUAGUGACCACUGGGCACCCAUUCAUUAUGCAUGCUGGUAUGGAAAAGUUGAAGCCACUCGCAUAUUGUUAGAGAAAGGAAAGUGCAAUCCAAACCUUUUAAAUGGACAACUUAGUUCUCCUCUUCAUUUUGCUGCUGGAGGAGGACAUGCUGAAAUAGUACAGAUUCUCCUAAACCAUCCAGAAGUUGACAGACACAUAACAGACCAACAAGGAAGAUCUCCUUUAAAUAUUUGUGAAGAAAACAAACAAAAUAAUUGGGAAGAAGCUGCAAAAUUGUUGAAGGAAGCCAUUAACAAACCAUAUGAAAAAGUUCGAAUAUACAGAAUGGAUGGAUCAUACCGUUCUGUUGAACUGAAGCACGGAAAUAAUACCACAGUGCAGCAGAUAAUGGAAGGAAUGCGUCUCUCUCAAGAAACACAGCAAUAUUUCACUAUUUGGAUCUGUUCAGAAAAUCUCAGCCUUCAACUCAAGCCUUAUCAUAAACCAUUGCAACAUGUUCGUGACUGGCCAGAAAUACUUGCUGAAUUGACUAAUUUGGAUCCCCAAAGGGAGACACCGCAGCUUUUCCUAAGAAGAGAUGUGAGACUUCCUUUGGAAGUUGAGAAAAAGAUUGAAGAUCCAUUAGCUAUUCUUAUUCUCUUUGAUGAAGCCAGAUAUAAUUUAUUGAAGGGCUUUUAUACAGCUCCUGAUGCUAAACUGAUAACAUUGGCAAGUCUACUGUUGCAGAUAGUUUAUGGAAAUUAUGAGAGUAAGAAACACAAGCAAGGUUUCCUAAAUGAAGAAAAUCUAAAAUCCAUUGUACCUAUUACCAAAUUGAAAAGUAAGGCACCUCACUGGACAAACCGAAUACUUCAUGAAUACAAGAAUCUUAGUACAAGUGAAGGUGUCAGUAAAGAAAUGCAUCACCUACAGCGCAUGUUCUUACAGAAUUGUUGGGAAAUUCCUACAUAUGGAGCAGCUUUUUUCAUAGGACAGAUAUUUACAAAGGCAAGCCCCAGUAAUCAUAAAGUCAUCCCUGUGUAUGUAGGUGUGAAUAUAAAAGGACUUCAUCUUCUCAAUAUGGAAACUAAGGCUUUACUCAUCAGUCUUAAGUAUGGUUGUUUUAUGUGGCAGUUGGGAGAUGCUGAUACAUGUUUUCAGAUCCAUAGUAUGGAAUAUAAAAUGAGCUUUAUAGUACAUACAAAACAGGCCGGCCUUGUGGUAAAACUACUAAUGAAGCUAAAUGGACAGUUAAUGCCCACCGAAAGAAAUUCAUGAGAGGAAAGCAACUGAUACUUAAGCCACCACAUUUUGUGAUACAGAUUUUUUCCAUGAAAGAUUUCUUAAACUAUUACUUUUAACAAGGCAUUUAGUCUCUUGUAAUAUAUAUGUAUACUAUUACAUUGUACAGAAUCUGUACUUAUGUUUGGUGUGUAAUAUACCAAUUAGUUUUAUAUAAUAUCAUAAUAAGCUAAUCUAAUUUUUAGGAGAAACACACAAAAAUGUGUAGAUUGAUGGUCUGUAUAAUAUUAGACAAAACAGUAAGCUUUAUAAAAAGUUAUUUUUGGUAAGUGGUACAGAAUUUAGAGUGGAAUAUGAUGAAAUUAAAAUAUAGCUUUG